CUUACCCGCCCUCUCCCUACUGUGCAUCGUACUUCUCGCCUUUGCUCCCUACGACUUUUUGUGAGAAUACUGGUGCUAUUCCGGGGAAAUGUUUGCGUCGAACGGGGGGUUUCCCACUCACGGAGGUGUGCCGGUGGAUCCCUUGGAUUCCGCUGAUUAUGACCCAAUAAUUCAUCUCAAUACUCUAUUCUCACACCCUUCUACAUUAUCUGCUGUGCCUUCAACCUCCCAUGCAUUGCGCAACCACCUCGAUUCGCUAGAUAAUGAAAUCACACAGCUGGUUAUAACCCAAUCUACCACAAAUGCGGACUCUCUUGCCCGAAUCUCCUCCGCGAAGGUAGAACUAGCUGGCCUCCUGGAGAAUGUCGAUACUGUUCGCGAGAGGGCUAUCAGGACUGAAGAUGCCAUUGCUGCUAUGACCGCCGAUAUCAAGAAGCUAGAUUCGACGAAACGGAAUUUGACACUAUCCAUGACAGUCCUCAAGAGGCUGCAGAUGUUGACAACGGCUUACGAGCAAAUGAAGACUCAGUCCAAAAAUCGACAAUACCGGGAAUGUGCCUCUCUCAUGUCUGCGGUCCUAGAGCUUAUGGCACAUUUCCGUUCAUUCCGGUCUAUCGAUCAGAUUGCUACACUUAGUCGAAACGUUGCAGAUCUCAAGGCAGAGCUUCUGGAGCAAGUUUGUGAAGAUUUCGAGAUGGCAUUCGUCAAGGGGGAGGUCUCAACCAGAAAGGGAAUGCUGUCUGAGGCAUGCACCGUCAUGGAUGCGCUUGGAGAUGGGGCAAGAGCUAGGCUUGUGACAUGGUAUUGUAAUACACAAUUGAGAGAAUACCGUCAAGUCUUUAGGGGUAAUGAUGAAGCUGGCUCACUCGACAACAUAUCCCGGAGGUAUGCGUGGCUCAAGCGGAUAUUGAAGGUGUACGACGACGAACAUACUGGCAUAUUUCCCCCCUCAUGGAAGGUUGAUGAGAUGUUGGUAAAGAGCUUCUGUGAUGGUACCAGGGACGACUUUAAAGGAAUAUUACAGCGAGCCUUACGGAAGGAAGGCGGAAAGAGCCUAGAUGUAAAUCUGUUACUUAAAUGUCUGCAAGAGACGCUGGACUUCGAGCAUUACCUCGAAAGGAGAUUUAGUGCAGAUAGAAUGUCAAUUGAUACCGUGAGCUCAAGAGACGAAAGACCAUUGAUUUUCGGAAAGGCAAUAUCAGAGGCCUUUGAGCCAUAUUUAUCCUUAUGGGUAGAUGACCUUGAUAGACAGCUCUCUGCUAUGAUACCAAAGUACCGGAUCCAGCCUCUCCGAUCCGGGGACGAAGACUUCACUCCUUCUUCAUCCGUCUUGCCAUCCUCAAUCGAGCUGUUUCAUUUCUACCGCCUUUCGUUGGCACAGUGUGCCAAACUCUCCACAGGAUCUAAGCUUCUUGAUUUGUCGAAGAUAUUUGCCAAACAUCUCGACCAGUAUGCUGAAGCUGUGUUGCUUAGGUACUUUUCCCCUAUGGAAAAGGCGGGAGCACUAGCGGGGGAGGAUAUCGUAGUUGUGUUGAACACAGCAGACUAUGCUCAUGCAACUACUCAGCAGCUGGAGGGCAAGGUCAAGUCGAAAGUUGAUCCUGAAUUCUCUUUUAAGGUUGAUUUCGAGAAGCAGCAGGAUGCCUUAUUGGGGGUUGUGACAUCCGCAAUCCGAUUACUUGUUAGAAAGGUAGAAGUUGUUGCAGAGCCAGCCUGGAGAGAGAUGAGGAAUACACCUUGGAGUAGGCUAGAGGCUGUGGGCGACCAGAGUGGCUAUGUCAAUGUUCUCUUAAGUAGCGUUAAAGAAACUGUUGGGGGAAUACUAGCAUUGACAGGGAAGGAGACAUAUCAGAGGGCAUUUUGUGAUAAAGUUGUUGAAGCUAUGGCUACUGGGUUUUUGGGUAGUCUUGUCGCCUGCAGGCCUAUUGGCGGUGUAGGAGCUGAACAGAUGCUCCUUGAUGCAUAUGUUAUGAGGAAAGGAUUUGAAGAUCUGUUCACCCUUAAGGCUGAACCAGGCACUGCGCCCCCAGUAAGUUAUAUCAAGCACGUUCAACGCUCCAUGUCAAAAAUAGAUACCCUUCUAAAAACCCUCCAAGUUCAAUCCUCACCACCAGAAUGCCUGGUACAAGCAUACCUAAUCCACGUCUGCGACAAAUCCGACACCAACUUCCGCAAAAUCCUAGAUCUCAAGGGAAUUCGCAGGCAAGACCAAGCUUCGUUCGUCGAGUUAUUCCGGGCACACAUGGUUACUCACGAUAAUUUAGUAGAGGCAAAUCCGUUUCUUUCCACGCUUCCUGUUCCGUCCGGCAGUAUCGGUGCUCCGGGCGGAGCUGGUGGUAUGGGAGGCGUGGGUGGUAGUGGUAUGAUUGGCAGUAGUAGUGUUGGUGGACUAGCUAGUGGCGUCGGUGGCCUCUCUGGGCCUUCCGGAUUAGUGCCGGCAAGGUUUGAUCCCGCAAGUUUGGGAUCUGCAAUCAUGAAUGCCGCUAGAGAUGGUGUGGACAGGCUACAAACCCCUGUAUCCACAUCCUCUGAUGGGGGCAAUGGUGGACAGAAUCAGAUUGAGUCUGGGGAGCGAAUAUUUGAGAGGCAUCUUGGAAGGCUAUUCAAGCGCGACGGGAGUGGGAUUGGAAUGGGUGGGAGGUUUACAAGAGAUGGGGGCUAA